AUGCCACGCCGAGCACAUAAGAAAUCCAGAAAAGGCUGCGUGGAAUGUAAACGCCGGCACGUCAAGUGCGAUGAGCGACGUCCGAAAUGCGUCAAUUGCUCGAUUUCAGAACGGCACUGCGAGUAUUUGGCAGAACCAGUUCCUACGACUACAAGAGCCCAGACUGAAACCAGCCAUACAAGUCGCUCGUCACCGGCCGUAGUGUCAAUAUCGCCGGCUGGAAUGUCACCGGCAGGAAGUGUCCCGGCCUUGACACAGGAAGAAGACUACCCUGCAGCUAAUAUGUUACAUUUUGAACUCCUCUACUACCUGUCAAAGGAGACUAUUCCGUCAAUGGAGCUAAAUUUUGAGCGAAUUGAUGUUCCUGUCGACGAGCUCUUCCGACUUUGCGUGUCCGCUCCUUACACGAUGAAUGAGGCUUUGGCAUUCGCUGCGCUGCACUUGGCUAUAGUUUCUCCCCCGGAAAAGAGAGAUUUCUACAAGGCUCAUGCAGGGCACCUGCAGACGCAAGCUCUCUCCAUGUUCAACGCCAUGAAGCCGGAAGUGAAUGCUGAGACUUGUGGUGCGAUAUUUCUCUUUUCAGCGAUGCUGGGGAAUCAUUUAAUGUGCGAUGCACUUGUAUUCCGUGACACUGGCUUCAACAAUUUUAUGGACAAACUAUGCCAUUCUAUCCGAUUGCUUCGAGGUGUCCGCAUAGUCGCUGGUUUGUCAUUCCGCACGCUUGCGGAAACCCCAUUAAAGCCAAUAUUUCGAUAUGACGUGAUGCCAUCUGAACGCGAUGAAUUUCUCGGACCGGAAUGCGGAAGACUUCUAGAUUUUAUUAUAUCGGCAAGGUUGGGGCAAUCGAUUACGGACUGCUACAAGGACGCGAUUGAGAAUCUCCAGCUUGCAAGCAAUUCAGCGAAGUCUACUCCAGGAUUCAUGAGCAAAUCUCCGAUAAUCGCAUGGCCAGUGCGUGUACCUGACGAGUAUUUCGACGCCUUGGUAGCGCGGCGCCCUGAGGCGCUGAUUAUCUUUGCUCACUAUGCUGUGUUGCUACAUAGCAUCCGCGACUCGUGGCUCUUUUGCGACUCUGGGUUGUAUCUGAUACAAUCCAUCAAUGCAUUCAUUGGACCAGAAUGGGAGGAGUGGAUGGCCUUCCCGAAUAGCGCACUCGAUAUGGGAUCUGCUCACUUUUCAAACUGA